AUGGAUCUUUUAAAGGACGCUGCCAAAAACUUGAACCUUUACGAGGUCAAGGCGUACGUGCUUGCGAUGAACUACACCGAGAUUGAGUCCAAAGUUAGGGAGGCUACAAACAACGAGCCAUGGGGUGCACCUUCGACCUUGAUGGCACAAAUUGCUUCAGCCACAUACAACUAUAGAGAGAGAGAAGAGGUUUUAGCCUUUAUUUUUCGUAGAUUUACCGACAAGGCUGCCAAUGAAUGGAGACAAAUCUACAAAUCAUUACAAUUGUUGGACUACUUGAUCAAGAAUGGAAGUGAAAGAAUCAUCGACGACGUUAGGUCAAAUCUCUCAUUAAUACAAAUGUUAAAAUCAUUUCACUACAUUGACUCCAAAGGUAGGGAUCAAGGUAUCAAUGUUAGAAAUAAGUCAAAAAAUUUGAUCACCUUGUUGAAUGACGAUGCUCAAAUUAGAAGCGAACGGAAAAAGGCCAGAGCAAAUCAGAAGAAAUUCGGUGGUGUUUCGUCAGCAGCAUUUGGCGGUGCCUCCUCCAUUGGAACUGGCUUGGGUGGAUCCUCUUCCACUUUUACUGACGUUGAUGAUGAUGAAUUCAACAAUAGAGUCUAUGGUGAUGGGGGUGUCUAUGGUGAGAGAUAUGACGACCCUGCUUCAGCUUACAAUAAUGGAGCAACCGGAACCGGGGGAGACCAAUUCGAAGAAUAUGAUGUUCAACCUACUCCUAAGACGGCCGUAUCGAAGGCAACUACCCGCGCUUCAAGAGUGAAUGCUAGGGCUGCGGCCAAGGCAAAGCCACAACCACAAGAGCCUCAAGCUGAUCUUUUGGGUGAUUUGUUGGGAUUGGAUGAUGCUCCAAAGCAAAAUGCAUUUAGCAGUUCAGGUGCCCAUCCAGAUGCAGAGGAUGAUGACGAUGAUUUCGAUGAUUUCCAAGCUGCGCCUUCUCAACCUCAAAAGCAAAACAACUUAACAAAUAACUUGUCCAGUUUAUAUCAACCUCAACAGCAGCAACAGCAACAACAACAUCUGUCACAAUCUAUUCCACAAUUUCAGCAAUUUCCAUCGCAACAAAAUGUGUUCAGUGGAGUCUCGUCAUCAAACACAGGUUCUUCCUCUACUGGUCCCGCUAAAACCUCCAACAACGAUGCUUUCUCCUCCUUGUUCCUGUCUGCUAAAACCAAGAGUAGUGGUAAUAGAGCAAGUGGCUCUCAAGCAAAGGCAGCUACAUCCUCUGCUACUUCGACACCUACUACAACUUCACAAAAAGAUGAUCUUUUCGGCGACUUUAGUUCAAACAAUCAAUCGAAGCCCACAGCAAAUUCAAACACAAACAAUAACAAUAACAAUGGAGGAGAUGUAGAUUUGUUAAGCUUUUAG